AUGGCCGCCUCCAGAAUGUUCCGUCCCACCUCGCGCCUGGUGUCGGCGUCAAUUGCCCUCUCGAGACACUAUGCUACCCAGGGCGGCGUCAAGGAGAUGACUGUCAGAGAGGCCCUGAACGAGGCCAUGGCCGAGGAGAUGGAGAGAAACGACAAGGUCUUUGUUCUGGGUGAGGAGGUCACCAAGGGCCUGCUCGACCGCUUCGGCGAGAAGAGAGUUAUCGACUCUCCCAUCACCGAGUCUGGUUUCACCGGUCUUACCGUCGGUGCUGCCCUCGCCGGCCUCCACCCUGUCUUCAUGACCUUCAACUUCGCCAUGCAAGCCAUCGAUCAGAUCAUCAACUCGGCCGCAAAGACCCACUACAUGUCUGGUGGUAUCCAGCCCUGCAACAUCACCUUCCGUGGACCCAACGGUUUCGCUGCAGGUGUCGCCGCCCAGCACUCACAAGAUUACUCGGCCUGGUACGGCUCCAUCCCCGGUCUCAAGGUCGUCACUCCCUACAGCGCCGAGGACGCCAAGGGUCUUAUGAAGGCCGCCAUCAGAGACCCCAACCCCGUUGUUGUCCUCGAGAACGAGCUUCUCUACGGUCUCUCUUUCCCCAUGAGCGAGGAGGCUCAGAAGGACGACUUUGUCAUUCCCGUAAGCCUUGAAUCCUCUCUCAAAAACACCAACCUCAACACCUCGCUUACUCUCUUUCCACAGUUCGGCAAGGCCAAGAUUGAGCGCCCCGGAAAGGACCUCACCAUCGUCACCCUCUCCCGCUGCGUCGGUCGGUCGCUGGUCGCCGCCGAGCAGCUCAAGCAAAAGUACGGCAUCGAGGCCGAGGUCAUCAACCUCCGUUCCAUCAAGCCCCUUGAUGUUGAGUCUAUCGUCAAGUCGGUCAAGAAGACUGGCCACAUGAUGGCUGUUGAGUCUGGUUUCCCCAGCUUCGGUGUUGGUGCUGAGCUUUUGGCUCUUACCGCCGAGUACGCCUGGGACUACCUGCAGGCUCCUCCCGUCAGAGUUACUGGUGCUGAGGUCCCCACUCCUUACGCCCAGAAGCUCGAGGAGAUGGCAUUCCCUACUGAGCAGCUUAUCGUCGACUACGCCGCCAAGCUUAUGCGCGUAUAA